ACGAUGAAUGAACACCGAUCGUACGUUCCUCUCCGCGUUCAUAGACUUCUGUUGGGGAUAUUACUUUUUCUCGAAGGAUUUCAAACCGAGUUUAUCGACCAUGGAGUAUGCUUCAGGUGCCUCUGCGAUGGAAGGGAGAGGUCCGUGGCUUGUAAAGGGAUACAACUUGAGGAGAUUUUCCCUCUACCGUUCGAGACGCGCUACCUGGACAUCGACAGAAGCUGCGGUGGUUCAGGUCGGUUGACCGCAGACUCUUCAUCCUCGAGCUACACCUUUCGGGCGGUAAGCAUUACGAAUUCCUGUCUGAAAACCUUCAACGUGAACGCUUUCCGUAACUUAGAGAAUCUAGUGAAACUAGACUUGAGUGGAAAUGUCCUCACAAGAUUUGACAGUUUCGAAAACGUCAAAUUCGACAAUUUGAAAUACUUGAUUUUAGAUCGUAAUAAUUUCGUGAACAUUUCUACAGACUUUCUUUCAUCGCUUCCAAAGUUAGAGUCGCUUAGCAUACGAGACAAUGCAGUCCAUGACGUAAAGGCCUUUACUGAAUCCUUCAGGGAUCUUUACAAACUUUCGCUCCUAGAUUUGCGGGGUAACCCACUGGGAAAGAUUUCAAUUGAUGGGUUUGUCAACCUGCCGCCGUCCCUCAGAACACUCACUCUCAGUGACUGCCAACUUGUGGCGAUCCACGAUGACGCAUUUAGGAAUCUCAGUGACCAUCUCGAGGAUCUUGACAUAUCAGGGAACCAUUUGUCCCUGAAUCAACUGAAGGGCUUAUUCCUCGGGUUCAAGCCUCAAAGUGCAAUUAAAGUUCUGCGGCUAUCUCGCUUGGAUAUUGAAGAGAUUCCGCCUGAUCCACUGUGGAGUCGAAUGCCCAACUUAGAAACCCUCGAUUUCACUGGGAACCGUAUUGAUGACGUAAGUUACGUUGCUUUCACUGGAUUACGCUUGAAGAAACUGUGCAUGGAUUACAACAGGAUUACAACUUUAGGUGAUGUUGAGAAUGAAACCACUCUUCAGCAUCUUGUGGUAUGGUCUCUUAGCAACAAUCGCCUGACAAACAUCCCUAUAUUAAAUCUACCGUUGCUAACUAGCAUCCAUCUUGGCAUGAAUAAGAUAACUCAAAUUAUUCCAAGUCACUUUUCGUCCAUGCCCAACAUAAAGUCGAUAAAUCUUACAAAAAAUGCCAUCUCGGAUAUAGAUGCUUUGACCUUCGAUGGGCUCAAGGUCAGAUCGCUUGACCUAUCUGGAAAUGACAUAAAGCGGUGGGAAUGGACAAAUGGAUUACAAAUCGUGGAAUAUUUGAAUGUUUCUGGGAAUUCUUUGACGUAUUUUUCUUCUGAAGUGUUGAAGUCAACUGGGGAGAGUUUAGUUUCAUUAGAUUUUACUUCAAAUGAAAUACGUGAUGUAGCACAUGACAGCUUCUCGACGUUGCCAUCUUUGAGGCAUCUCAGACUCGGCGGGAACAGCUUCGGUCAACACAUCGAAAGUGGCUCUCUGCUCCCUUUAUUCCGUGAUCUACCGGAUUUAACAUCACUCGACCUGUCCAACAUGGCUCUGGCCACAAUCCCGCAGGAGCAAUUCGGUAAUUUGACAUCUUUGCGGCGACUAUACCUAAGUGACAAUAUGAUUUCUAAGCUCUGUGAUACGUCCUCGAGACAUCUCGAGGAAAGCCUUCAUGUGUUCGACGUCAAGCGCAACCGUCUGAAGGAGAUUGAUACAGACUAUCUCAAACACUUGCCUUCGCUGAAGAAGGUAAAUUUUGCUAAUAACCCUUUCCAUUGCAGCUGUGCUGUUGAUUCGUUCAGGCAGUGGAUUAACGAUUCCAAGAUCGAGGUUGUGGACUUCCGCGGAAAAGGGUAUGACUGCACGUCCCCGGAAAGUGCCCGGGGUGUCCCGCUACGGGCGUACGAGGCCCAAGACUGCCAUGACACCCAAAUGUCCAAAUUGCAAAUAGUCAUUGCCUAUUCCGUUGGCAGUUUUCUUUUAAUUUGUAUAAUUGUUGUAGUCGUUUCGUUUAGUUUUAAACGCUGUGCAUUUUGUAAAAAGCCGCGGUACGCGUAUGUUGGCGGUGAUGAGUUUGAGUGGAGUGGUAAGCGAAGAAUUUUGUAUGUGUUCAUUUUAUGUCGGAAAAUGAGGGGCUGGUGUCCGCGGCGUGACAACAAGAACUUUUACAUCAAGCAUUCGAAUUCGCAGCCACUAACUGAGAGGACUGUGUGCUGAUUGUCUCGCCGGUGCUGUGCUGAUACCAAUGGAGAUAAGAGGCGUUCUUGCUUCUUUCCCUCAUAGGUUUCAAGAAUCACUUCAAAACGGGCUCAGUCAUUUUAUGUUGCGUAGGCCUACAAGGACGACGACAAAUGGUGCACUAUGAAGUCAGUGUGAUUUACUGUGUGAACUUUGAUAUUGUCAUUGAAUAUUGUUAAACACAGCUGUGUUAAAUAUAGAGUGGUAGGCAUAUAAUGGUAAAGUAUAAGUGGAGGGUUAAACACAGGCUAACAAGCGUAACUUCCUACAAUGGUCCCACAGUGUUCAAAUAGUAUUUUAACUUGGUAUAUUUAAAGGCUUAUAAAGCACAUGUAGGCUAUGAUAAGUAUCAAUUGGGCCUAUGAAAGUCAUGGUCCGCAUAAAGAAAAUUAUAAAGGGUGUUUCGCAGCUACAUGUAAAUGUAUGCGGGACAAAGAGUGUGAUUUCGCUGCGGCGUAUAUACGUGCGAAGGAAGCCUCCGACGAGCUACGAGCUACGAGCUACGAGCUACGAAAGAACGAACGCCGUGUUAGUGCAAUCAUAUUUCGAUAUGUGUGUCCAAACACGAACUUCUUUUUAGUGAAUCAUACCUUUUGCCACCAGUUGCGCAACCUCUCUACUUCCGAUAUGGUGCACGUACCGGCAGUCAUGGGUCCGGAUGCUCAAAGCGGAUGACGAAGGGUUAAUUUGAAUAUAGUAAACUAAUCAACUUUAUAUAUGCUAAACUUAAAGUAAAGUUUCAAAAACUACUUAUAUUUAUUGUUAUAUUGUAUGAAAUCUAGAUUUUUAAUUCACUGGCAUUGCCAAACCGUUGCGCAACCUCUCUAUUUUCGAUGGUGAGUCGGCCUAUAAGAUAGGACUUCAGAUAGGUUGGCCUAUAUGUACAUGUACAUUGUAUGUUCUGAACACAUGACUGCUUGUUCGAUACAUUUUAAUGGAGGAUCUAUUUUUUAAACGGAGAUGACACUUUUAAAAGUAGUGCACGUUAUCUUGAUGGGCUUGGCAGUUCAUGAUUUGAUUGUUAUGAUGGUAUUGUAUUUGUCUAUCAGGACUGCCCUUUCAUAAAGAGAGUCAUGUUUUUGGUAGCCAAUUGUUCGGGGAAGACUGAAGACUGAUCUCAAAAACAAGUUAUGUGCAGUGUAUGAAUGGUUCAGAGCAGACAAGCUAUGCGCCACAUCGGUCGUUUUGGAAUACGUCAAAAUGUAGAGCAUGUAGCUAUCUUACAAUAGGUGGAGCUUGUUUAUCUUUGUGACCAUUCAGUGGGGUUGAUUUUUACCCUUAAAGUAGUGAAUCAAGUGCCAACUUGAAAACGACCCGUCAAAAACAUUCAAGGUGGAAUUUCACUUUUGGCUGCUCAAAAAGGAUUGGUGAUGGGUAUAUAUAUGAAAUUUAACUGCAAAAGCUAGUUCAAUGAUACAAUAAUAUUGGCAAUGUAAUCAAUUGGUUUUUGUGAAGAAAAAAAGGAUCUUUGAACCAAAAUGGCAUGCAUUGUGUGACGUAUUUCUUGUUUUCUCAAAACAGAAAAUGCACAUAGGUGGUUUGGCUCAGACCCCUUUCAUGACACAUCUUGACCCGGAGGUUUUGAGAUCACUAAGUCACUCGAACGCAUGAAAGUCAAGUUGUUCGCGUUUCGAUACCCAUGGUUUUUUCCCCACUUGACCAAGUUCAUGAUCUAAUUAGAUAUAAAUGUUUCAACUAUGACGAGUCUUCAUUGUAUAAAUAGACUUGUCCUCAUUGUCAGUCGUAGAAAAUUUAAAAGAUCGCAUGCUUGUAUAUAGUAUGAGUAACAUUUUGAAUUUUUUACGAGUCUUGUUUUGAUUUUAGUCGUGGUUUUAGAAAUAAAGGUUAAAAUCAAUUAAUUUCAUACCUUAUGCAGCGUGAAAUCCGGUUUGCAGUUAGCAAGAACUUAACCAGUGUCAUUCUUUUAAAUUUCUAAUCUAUCGAUCGAUCUAUCGAUUAAACGAGUCCGAUAAUUUAGAUCUAUAUAUAAGAGCAUGAGAAACUUGGACUCAAUAUUCUCCGCAUAACAAUAUUUAACACGGGUUCGUCAGCAAGUGAACCAAAUCUUAAAAUGAGCUAUUUCUCCUGCGGCGCAGGUGCACGAGGCAGUUUAAAAAAAAGCUUUCGUGCGCAUCACCAGUUUCACAAGAAAGGUAAAACAACGCUUUUGUGAUCUGGCGCACAGGGAACAUAUCGUGCACAAGAAACACCAGUUUUUGUGGUGCUCAGUUCCAAUAUAUCCAAUUCUUGUUCAGCGAAAGAUCUGCAUUUUUGCACCCGAUAAUUAUUUCCAUCCUACAUUUUCCCGAUGACAACGGAUCUGAAACCACAAUUUGCAAUUAACCAUACGCCUGCUUAUUAAUCUGGUUAGGUAUAACGAGUGACGAGGUAGUGGUACCGGUAUGAAAAUUAGCGUCUCUUUCAAGGUAUAGAGGUAUAAAGAAGUGUGCUAAUAUCAAAAAUACGUAGUUUAUAAUUUUGCCAGACUGCAGACGGUUCUGAGCACGGAUCUAUAGGAAAACAUCCGUGUGAUAACUGAGUGUCUCAAAGGUAUCUCCAGCAAAAAACACACGCGAAUUUGAGUUAAAAUGUAGAUCAUUAAUGCUAAGCAAUUUAAGGUGGAAGUAACAGUAUCGAAAACAGCUGACAGAAAACAAUAUGGGGUGGCGCAGAGUGACUGUAAUUGAAACAUUUUCUUGGUAACUGGUCUGUUUCAAAGGUACUAGCUGACCUUUCUGUCACCACGGAUAUGUAAACUCUUGGUUAUAAAGGUUUUUGAGCUUUUGAGGUCUUAACAGAGACAUUGGUCAUAUUCAUUGUUGGAGGUUUUUAUUUUGAGAUGAUCCCAAAUCAUGUGGUUGUGUCAUCCUAGUGUUUGUUCUGAGCGCUGUGUUCAGAUCAGUUUCACUUUUCUUGUUAACUCGGACACUUUUCGGCUUGAAAAAGUCUUUUGUCGAAUAUUUUGCCUGUUUGAAUGUUCAGUAAACCUUGCAUACGUUGUUUAUCGGACUAGCAUAAACCGUAUCCUCGCUCCCAAGUCCAAGUUCAGUCUGUAAGUGAUGUGUACGGAUUUCGUAUGAACGCACAAAAAGAAAAGGCCCAGUCGAGUUCGACAUAUGCAAAGUUUACUGCACAUUUAUUUGUAGUUGUUAUGUGCAUGUCGAAAUUGAAUCAAUAUACAUGUAAUAUUUAUGUUUAUAAAAAUGUAAUUUGCUAGUCUCCUUCAUUGAAAACUCGCAAGGCAAAA